AUGGCGGCGGGUCUGUCCGCCCUGGCUGCCAGGCUCUCCCAGUCGGCUGCCGCCAGGUCCUACGGCGUGUUCUGCAAGGGGCUGACCCGGACCCUCCUCAUCUUCUUCGACCUGGCCUGGAAGCUGCGCAUCAACUUCCCCUACCUCUACAUCGUCGCCUCCAUGAUGCUCAACGUGCGGCUGCAGGUCCACAUUGAGAUCCACUGACUUGUGAUGUGGUGUGCUGCUUGCAUUGUGUGCUGCAACUAGUCAAUUGCAUUCUUCUUCAAAUUAAACCUGUUAUGAAACAGCAAAGCUAUGCUUGUCUUCUCUACGACUAUGAAGAAAGAAGAUUUAAACCAGAACAGUGUGUGUGACAGUGGCCCAGGUCAUCACAAGGCAGCAGCUCACCUGACACACAUACAUUCCACAUUAAACAAUUCUCAAAAUCAUAGUAGCAGUUUACAAAAAGAAUUUCUUUUUUUUAACAUCAGGAAUUGUUCUCUCUUUAAUAUUAUAUCUCUGCAUUCUCUUGGCAAGGAAAUGCCUCCAAGUUUGAGUGAAUCAGCAGAGGGAAACUCAAGUGCAGCUACUCCUUGGAAGGAUUCAUUUCAUCUGUUUUUUUCUUCUGGGAAAGACUGCCUUCAUAGGGUUUCUCACUGCAUUAAUAACACUUCAGUAACGGGCUGGCUGGAGGAAGCUUGCAGGUUUGCUGGAGACUUUAGCUCAUGCUGCCCAGGAGACAACUUUGUAUGCUUUGCACACUUGUGGCUGGGAAAUUUGUGGUAUAAACAAAACCUGCAGUUUCUGGAAUUGGAAAUGAGCAUCAGCAAAGAAAAUGAAUUGCAGCCUGCAUCUCUUAAAGAACUGGAGCCUGGUGAUCUUCCUGAUCUCUGUUUUAUUCCAGCUCUCUCACUGUAUGAGUGCAGUGUAGGACUCUUAAACAACCAGAAACCAUGGUUUUAUCUUUGUUACUUAAACCUUCUAUCUUCAGAGCAAACACUUGGAUACAAGAAAAUGUUUUCAAAUAUAGAAUAUGCAACUAAUAAUGUUCACAUGAUACAGCUGGCAAUUUCUGUGCUGGCUUUUGCACUAGCAGGCCUCUGGUAUGCAGCAGUGAAGGGAAAGGAGUACUAAGGUUUUAAUCAUUGCCGUUUUUAACAUUAAUAGAAACUUAAUUGAUUAAAUAGCAGAGAGAAGGUUACAGUACAGGUUUUAGUGAGAAGUAGACAGCUAAAGUAAAAAUUAUAUUUUGUAAUUGCUACCAAAACUGGCUGUUGGAAUAACAGGGACUUUUAUUUUUAAGGAAUAUCUGCAUCUGAGUGGAAAGAACUGCUUAAUUUCAAAACUCUUCGGGACUUCUGCAGGUCUGCCAUUAACACUAGACUAGAACCCAGUUUGAUUAUUUAGCACAGAUCCCUUGUUUUCUGUAGGGUUUGUCUUAGCUGAGUGUUCUGGCUACUAUUUACAACCAUUUCCAAUCAAACUGUUUCUUGUGGAAUUUAAUUCCUGCCCUGGAUCCAACAGUAAUUAAUGUUUUCAGCCUUAAAACACUUUGAACUGGAAAGGUGUUGGGAGGGUGGUCUUCAAUACAGAAUAAUUCUCAGCACUGUUCAUUUUCAAGGGUGGUGCUGCUCUAAUUUAAACAAUAUUGUGUGAGCUCCAUUGUGCAACAACAGACACUAUAAAAAUUUUCUAAAAGAAUGUUUCCUUUCCUAGAAAAAGUGUUUGUUAUCAGUGAAGCACAGUAAUAGUUUCUGGGCCUGUUGACUUUGGCUUUGGGACAGGCUUCUGACAACAGGGUUUGGCAAAGAAUGGAGCAAGCAUGUUGGAAUCAAUAGAGCUGCUUGUGAAUUUGCAGGAAUAUGCUCCCAUGGGCACUUAGAUGGAGAAACUCAUUGUGCAGUAGGUCAAAGUUUGAACUUGGUGUCCAAAAUUCUUAGUGAGGGAGUUGGUGUAGGUGGGCUUCACGUGUUCUGUGGGCUUACCUAAGGAGGGAGGUAUUGAUAUGAUGAGUUAGAAUGUGUUGUCAGCUCACCUUUCCGAGUUAAAAAUGAGGAUUUAAUGCAGAGUGAAGUCAUGCCAGCGGCUCACACACCAAGCAUCUUUUUUUCAUGGCUAGCUUACUUCAUUGUGGAAACAGAGUGAGUGAUGUUGCAUUUAAUUUGACCUGAAUUCACUUAGAAAACCAGUAGAGUUUCUAAUGUGUUUAUUUGGGUGUUAGCACACUUGUGUAAAGAAGUCUUUGAUUAUGAAGAUGAAAUGUCAAUUAUCAGUGUUACAGGGAGAAAUGUUGGAAUUUUUUAACUUUGAAUGCUAAAAAUAAGAUAUACUACUUUUAAUGUUAAAUUAUAUGGUUUUUAUUAUCCCCAUUGGUUGGCUAUUUCUUCUGGAUGUUAGAAGAGAUAAAAACCAUUUAAUUUAGAAAAUAACUUUUUCCCUGGUGUGUACUUUUAUUAAUUACUGCAUGAUUACCUGUCAUAAAAUUACCAAAAGUGUAAAAAUAGUAACAGAUUACUUUCCUUCAUACUAUUCAAUCCCAUCUCCACUGCUGCAAUUCAGCACCCUUGGAGUUUUUGUUAUUGAGUGUUUGUGGAUCAAGGUUGCUGAAGUCACAUGGAUCUGAAACACCAAAGCAUCAGAAACAAGGAUUUGAGUUACGGUGUUAAGCUGUUGUCUGCAUCCAGCUUGACUCAAACACCACUUGGCAGAACUGAGAGUAAAGGAAUGAAGACAGGGAGGAGUUGGAGCCUGUUUAAGCUGGCUUAAGCUAAAGAAAACGUUGUGCAACUAUAUCUUAAUCUCUAUAGUAGCUACAUAGGUAAAGAAAUACUCUUUUCCUGUGGGGUGAGCUUUUUGUUUUUAAAGUGGCACAUAAACACAAUCCUGAAUCCACAACUGGAUACUUGAACCUCCUAUAGAAAUAAUUUGUUGGCAGGUUUUACUUGUUACUUGAGAGCUCCUUGUCUGUUCAGCUGAACAGUUUGGCCUGGAAGAGCCUCUACUCUGCUGGACAUAAUUCGGGAACCACAUAUUUAGAGAACAAUAGUUAUAUACAAGAAAAAAAGGGAGUGGAAGGGAAUAAAACAUCAGAGAAAUCACCAGUAAAUUAGAAUUUAAAAUUGAGAACAGUGGGGUGCCAAGGGCUAUCUCUUUAUUGAUGAUAAGCCUAUGCAGGAAUGAUCUUGGAAUGAUCAGAGUCUAGAUAAAGCAAUCCUGUUCUAAGCAAAAUCAGGCUUUUAAUCACUUAUUAUAGGAUCACUUCAAAUACUUACGCAAUAGAGCUAAGGGAAAUGAUAGAUUUUGUGUGUGUGUGUGUGUAUUAUAUGUAUAUUGAACAUAAGAUUUAAAGAGUAUGUCUUAAGGGAGUGGAUUUAAUCCAUUCUAAGACAGUUUGCCUUGGAUUUUGUUGCUUAAAACCUAAAAGGUAACUUUCUAACUUGAACAUUCCUUCUGAAAUUCAAAUAAAGGGUAGUUUGGAAUGUUAAAAUCUCAUGUAAUAUACUGCACUUUAAACUUGGGGAGGCCAUCAGUGGAAAGUGCUGUUGUUGCACUAACAGAAGUUUGGCUGGUGGCAACAACACUCGGAUGGCCUUUACUGUCUGCAGGAGAGGGAACCAGAGGGAUGGCAAUCCUUUGAAGCUGUAUAGAAACCAAACACUACGUGGUUUAGGCCACUGUUCUCUUCCUACAAAUGUUUUCAUAUUAACUCAUCUCAAAAGGUGGAAGGUGUCUCAGCUAAGAGCCAUUGUGUAUAGUUUCAUGGCUUCAGUGAGAUAUGGAAACUGCUUUUCUGAGGAAAUGUGCUGUUGGGGCUGAGAUUAAUUACUAUUAUUAUAUAGUACAGAAGAAUAACAUUUUUAGUAGGGGUAAGGGAUCUUUGUAGUGAACCAGGACCUGUCUUCUUAUUUCCAGUUCCUCUUUCCUCUUGCUGUUCUCUUUAUGUUGUAAAGAGGUAUUUCUAAGUAAAAUGUCAGGGUUCUACUAAACAACUCGUGCUUUCUAAAAUUUCAUUGAUCAGUGUCCAGAUCCUUCCUCCACUAUAUAGCAAAGGGUUCUAUUUCUGCCAUAAGAGAACAAAUUAAGACAAUAUUCAAUAUUUAGAGAACUGCCUAGUAGUUUCCCAUAAAUAUACAUGUGAGUGGAAAUUUACUAUAUGGUGUACUGCUUUGAAAAAGAAAACAUAUAUUCAAAUUUGUGCACACAGAGCUCAGCAUGUAGUUAAAAAGUGUUUUAUCACAGUAUGAUGUGGAAAUGUUUAUGCAAAUGCUUAAUUACUUUCAGACAUUACAAAGCAAAAUGCAGUAGAGUUGGUGGUGUACUUCUCAGUGUGAUAUUAUCUAGUGCAAUCUUAGAAAUUGUCUGUGUGCAUCAUGGUGCACCAUGACAGUUUUAUCUGUAGACAUCUAACCUUUGGCUUUUUCAGUGUUGGGUUGGAGCUUUUUUCUUUGUUUGUUUGGGGUUUGGUGUUUUGUUUUUUGGCUUUUUUUCGUGGUUUUGUUGUUUGGUUGGGUUUGGGUUUUUUUAGGACUGUCAAGACUGCACUUUCUUAAAACUGCCAAAGUUUGCUUUCUCCUUUUCUUGUCCCUUGUCCCCCUUUAUAGUGUAUACACUUUACAUUUUUGGAAGAAGCAAGCCUGUACAUGCUCUCUGAAUGUAUCAUCCUAUUGUCAAGUUCUUCCGUUUGUUUUUAUGGGCUGGUUUUACCAGUAUUUUUCUUCUCUUCCUUCCCAAUAAUUUGUCAGCAAAAGCAUAGGCUGAUACUCUGUUCCAUUUCAGAAACGCUCCCCUGUAAUUAAUUAUGCAUAACAAAUUGACAGAAACCAUGUAGAGACGUAAGCAUCCAUAGUCUGUCAUUAGGGUGUAUGACAAGUGGUGUCUCUGACAGAGCAAUAGGUAAUCAAUAUGACAUGUUUCUGCUUUUUCCCUUCAAAACAGCUGCUUUGAUUAAAAUCUAGUAUUUAAUUAAAAUGUGUAGUGCCUCUGUCAGCUGAGAAUUGCACCUAGAAUUUGGGGGUUAUCAAAUACAUUGAGGUCAAAACUUAAGAAACAGUUAUGCUAGGUUCAAUACUCUUCAGGUUUUUAAGUCAUUUUUAGGUUUGUGGUUAAUCCCCUUGAUAUCUGACUGCAAAGCUGAUUAAUCCUCAAGGAGGAAGAGCUGCAUUUGAUAACUGAUUUAUUUUCAAAUAAACAACUUGCUGCCUAUGAAAGUACUGGUAUUUAUAAUCAGCUCACAUACUUAAACAGGACAGAGAUACCAAUCUCACUGUGUUAAAAAAGAAUAAUAUGGAAGUGCUAGAAUGAUGGCAGCUUUUGCCACCCUGCACUGAGUAAAUCCUGUUGGUGUGUACUUUUAAAUUAAUCCUGCAUUGCAUUCCAAAAUCUCAAUUAUCUUAGUCUUUUUUGAAUUGGUAACUAUCUAACUGCUCUAAACCUUGUAUUAUUUCAUUGUUCGUGAUGAAAUAUACUUAAAAGAUAACACAUCUUGAGGGCCAUAUUUUCCUUCUUUGUGUUAAAACCCAAACUUGAAGUGUCGAAUGUUCCUUGUUUUUCUGGUUGCAGACAAUUUUUUCCUAAUAUCAGAUACAAAAAUACCUAGAUGUAAUUUAAGUUUUUGUUCUUAAAAGUAGCUAAAUCUAAUGCUUAGUGUCCAAUUCAUCACUUGGUGAGUGUUCCAUGGACUUUCUUGAAAAUGGGUUGUGCUUCCUGCUGGUGACUAACCCUAAUUCUAAAUCCUGACACUUAAAAUACUUCAGUGAACUGUGAUGUUAUCCAUGCAGAGCAGUUUUAAUUUGUGGCCUCUGUCUUUGGCCUGAAUUUAUUUUUUUAUUGCAAUGUGGGAGAUGGAGAAGGCUGGCACAAACAUUUUUGUUUGUUCCAGAUAAAGAUGUUUACAACUUUAUAUUUUAGCAUUUUAUUGUAGGGGAGUUUCCAUAGGAGACUUGAAACCAGUUGUCCUAAUGAGAUGAAUACAGAUUUUUGAGUAAUAUAGAGGCUAUCUGAGCUUCCAGAAGCUGUUGUGAUGCUGCUUGCUUACACCACAGGAGGGAGUUAAACAUCAGUCUUUUAAGUAUUUUCAGUUAUGGCAUCUUUUUUUUAGUACAGUGCAUUUCAGUUUAUAGAUAUGCUGACUUUGACUUCUCUUGCAGAUUGUCACUGCAAAUGUUAAUGUACAAGAUCAAUACACAGCAGUAACGUGUUGUAACUGUUUACAAUUGAACUCUUGAAUGCCAAUUGAUGGGUUUUAUCAAGCUAUUUAAAAACAAAUAAAAAUGUUUUUUAAAAUUA